UCAUGGUGAGACAAAACCAUUUGUUUGUCAAUUUUGCCAGAAAGCAUUUGUUAGAAGAAGUAUAUUGAAUAAUCACCUUCGUAUCCAUUUGAUGGAUAAGAAAUUUGUAUGUGAAAUUUGCCAAAAAGAAUUUAUUCACAAACAGAAUUUAGAAUCUCACAUGUACCUUCAUUCCGAAAAAAAACCAUUUUCUUGCGAAGUGUGUGGAAAAGGAUUUACUCGUAAGCAUCAUUUCGCUGCCCACUUACUCAUUCACACAGGGGAAAGACCCCACACUUGUCCAGUUUGUCGAAUGCAGUUUACAAGGAGACACAUUUUAAACUCUCAUCUAAGAAAACACACAGGAGAAAGACCUUUUGUUUGUGAAAUUUGUAAAAAAUCUUUUGCCCUAAAGCAAACAUUAACAAGCCAUUACAGGACUCAUUCUGGAGAAAAACCGUUUUCUUGUCAUGUAUGCCAGAAAGGAUACAGCAAAAAAGAAUAUUUAGAAAAUCAUAUAAAAAAACUGCAAGACAACGAAAAGUUUUAUAAAAACAUGUAUUUAUUAAUUCACAAAAGACUUCACACUGGAGAAAAGCCAUACUCAUGCAGUGAUUGUCAAAAAAUGUUUGCAAGAAAAGAACAUUUAGCUCUUCAUAGGAGAGUUCAUACUGGAGAGAAACAGGAAUUUGAACAUUUACCAAUUAAAGAAUCAGGCGAAUGUGUAGCUAAUAGUACAAAUUCAAAGAAAAAAAAAAGUAAAGCUAAAUUACAUUUUGUAUGUGAUAUUUGUGGUAAAAAAUUUACCAGAAGACCUAAUUUGUUGAUCCACAAAAGAAUUCACACAGGAGAAAAGCCAUAUGCAUGUAGUGUUUGUCAAAAAAUGUUUGCAAGAAAAGAACAUUUAGAGCAUCAUAAGAGGGUUCAUACUGGAGAAAAACCUUAUCCAUGUAAGACUUGUGGGAAGUUAUUUAAAAGAAAGUACCAUUUGGAUACUCAUUUUAGAAUUCACACUGGAGAAAGGCCUUAUGUAUGCACUAUUUGUACUAGGGGCUUUACCCAGAAGCAAGGUUUAACUCACCAUUUAUUAAUUCACACUGGUGAAAAGAACUUUUCCUGUGAAAUUUGCAAAAAGGACUUCACCUUAAGAAAUCACUUGACGUUGCAUCUUCAAACUCAUUCUAAAGAAAAACCAUUUUCUUGUAACAUAUGUGGUAAGGGAUUUAUUAGGAGAGAAAGACUGAAGGAACAUCUAUUAGGUCAUGGUGAUGAUAAGCCAUUUUCUUGUGACAUAUGCGAAAAAAAGUUCUUAAAGAAAGAAUAUUUACAACUGCAUCUUAGACUUCAUGGUGAAAAAAAACCAUUUGUUUGUAAUGUUUGCCAAAAAGCAUUUGUUAGAAGAAGUAUAUUGAAUAAUCACCUUCGUAUCCAUUUGAUUGAUAAGAAAUUUGUAUGUGAGAUUUGCCAAAAAGAAUUUAUUCACAAACAGAAUUUAGAUUCCCAUAUGCACCUUCACUCUGAAAAAAGGCCAUUUUCAUGUGAAGUGUGUGGAAAGGGCUUUACUCGAAAGCAUAAUUUCGCUGCCCACUUACUCAUUCACACAGGGGAAAGACCCCACACUUGUCCAGUUUGUCGAAAGCAAUUUACAAGGAGUCACAUUUUAAAUUUCCAUUUAAGAAAACAUACAGGAGAAAGACCUUUUGUUUGUGACAUUUGUAAAAAAUCUUUUGCCCUAAAGCAAACAUUAACAAGCCAUUACAGGACACAUUCUGGAGAUAAACCUUUUUCUUGUCAU